AUGGCAUCGCAGGAUCUCGCAUCAGGACAAUCCUGGCACGAUAACGUUGCGGGAUGGAUAAAGGCGAAGGAAGAAGCUACGGCUGAUACUCAACGUUUUACUCGUACCCUGAAGCGCCAACGAUCAGAUGACGACGUCAGUUCUGCUCUCGUGUCUGUCUUGAAUCGCGUCAACAUCGAAGCUGAAGGAGAUGUGAAAGUCAAGCUUGAAGAAGAGGACUCCAAGGUUCCCUGUGACAGCCUCGAUUACUCAAAGUUGGUUUAUCCGAAGACAUUGAUCCGACGCAAGAAUCGCGCUGGUCCCUUUGCAGAGCAAUUUAUGACUCCAGCUCUCUUCGCCAGCAUCCUCGACCGCCACAACCGCCGAUACAAGUUCACGAUCAAUCAGUAUCAUUGUGCUUGGGAGUACGCCGUGGAGAAAGAAUGGCCCCGUGGAAAACUUGAUAUGAAAAACUUCAACGACAGUUAUAGUACUUGGGAUGAGGUUUCACGUCAAGACCAGCUUGACAAGGAGAAGUUGAUGAUUAUGACGUCGAUCCAGGAUAAGGACAUCUUGACUUUUGACGAUCGAUUGAAGAGAUCUCAGAACAACUUCGAGAAAAAAUAUAAGAGAUUCGUCGAGCGUGGGGACAUGCAGCAAGCGGCGAUUUUGAGCAACCGAUUAGCCAACAAGUUCAGGAGGCUUGGCCGUGAGCUUGAUUCUGAGAUUGUAGCUCGACCAGCCUCCAAGAGGGUAAAGUUAGACCACUAG